CAAACGGCAACCAUUUAGACUGACUGUUUUUGUUUUGCACAUUUGUUCAUUAUGUUAAAUGAGAGUUUGUGAAAAUUAAAUUGUUUGCUAAGAAUUCUGAAUUCAGCAAUGGACAAAGAUUCAGAUAGCACUGUGACAUCAUUGGAUGAAAAUACCGAAAAUUUCUGCACAAAUCCUACCCGUGAUAUACUGGCGGAAGGUAUCGUGAACUUUUUUAAACCAUCAGUGGAGAAAUUGGACGAACACAUACAAGCUACUCGUGCAUCACAAGUAGAAUUAAAAAAACAAUUGGACUCACUUUCGGUGCAAUUGGUGGAAAUAGAGAAGGCGCAACAUAAUAUUCCUGAGUUUUCUAGCAAAGUUAAAGAAUUGAUAAACGUGAAGCAUAAGGUAACAGUUAUAACAAACGUUCUCAGUACAAGCCAGGAACGUUUGACUGGAUUGUAUAGACUUAUCGAAAAAGAGCAACGUCGUAGACAAGCUCUUCUUGACUCAGCUUUAAGCUCAAAUAUAUCUUAAAAAGAAAAAAAUGGAAACUCCUUACACAGAUCAUCUAACAUCAAUCGAUUACGAACAAGUGUAUGAGCCAGCAGAAGAUUCCUUUCUAUUGUUGGAUGCCUUAGAAGCUGACCUAUCAUUUAUCGAGAGUUUACAACCGCAGGUAUGCUUGGAAGUUGGACCGGGUAGUGGUAUCAUUGUUACUGCGUUGGCAAAAAAGUUAAAAGAAACACUUUGCCUAGCUACUGAUAUAAAUCCAUAUGCUUGCAAGGCAACGAAAAAAACUGCUAAUCAUAACGGUACAUUUGUGGAAAGCAUAAAUUGCAACUUGGUAGAUCUUUUGCGUAAAAAGACGAUCGAUUUACUUGUAUUCAAUCCGCCUUACGUGGUAACCUCGGACGAAGAAUUAAAAAAUCAAUCAUAUACCAACUCACAAAUAACAUUUUCGUGGGCUGGAGGUGUACAUGGUAGACGUGUAAUUGAUGAACUGCUCAAGAGUUUGGAUAGCAUUUUAUCUGCAAAAGGGGUUUUCUAUUUGUUGGCGCUACGUGAAAAUAAACCAGAUGAAUUAAUAAUCAAUUUAAAUACUUUGGGCUUUACUGCAAUUAAGUUUAUGGAAAGACGGAUUCCUGGCGAAUAUCUAUACAUUUUAAAGAUAACACGAAAAUGAUUUUUAAGGUAUCAUAAAAAUAUCAAUCAAUUUGAUGUAAAAUAUAAAUAAAUAUUUUCUCCAAA